UCAACAAUUGCAGGAGAGAGAGAAGCGGACGAAUGGGGAGGACUCGGGCACGGUGGGCAUCGCAGCUGUUCUGGGCAGAGGACGGGCGGACUCUGCGGCCAUCCGUGCGUGGAUAAUCUGGAGUAUUCCCUUACACUCUGAAGACAGAGAUGAGGAGGAGGAUGAACACAAAGAAUUGCCAGCUGAAGACACAGAGACUGGGGAGCCCACCCUACGGUCCCAGAGUCUUGACCACCCGGACACGGGUACCAGGCUGACACAAUCUCAUCCCGCCUCGGAGACCACCAGUCCCAGGACAGAUCAGCUGCUGCACAGUCACCAGUUGCAAGAUCUGGGAGAGGCAGAUAUGGCUUUGUCAUCCGCACAGGACCACUCGACCUUUCAAGUUUCUGAGCAUUUGUCUGACGGCUCGGAAAGCGAACAGGAAAAAGAAAAUGAGGAUACGGAGGAGCCGCGCGGCUUCCAGGAAACCGACACAGAGAGUGAAGAGGAAGAAGCUGAGCUUGUCGUCUUAGAUCCUAAUCACCCACUUAUGAAGCGAUUCCAGUUAGCUCUGAGGAACCAUCUUUCAAAACAACUGGAUAAACUCAGUCUGGACAUCAAGGACAAAACAGUUGCAAUGAAGAAGUGCCAUUCUGAACGUGAAGAGCUGGGUGUCGUGUUGUACGGUGUGCAGCAAGAGCUGGCACGCAUGCAGAUGGCCUUGGAAAAGCUUCACGACCAGAAGGCAGACACUUCUAUUGUACGAAUAAAAGUGGAAGAGGAACUGGAAAAUGUUCGAAAUCUUUAUAAGAGAAACCAGCAGAGCAGCAAUGAAGAAAGAGGCAAAGUUUCCCAACUGCAGACAGAAAUCGAUAACCUAGCCCUGCGGCUGUUCUACAUGGACAACAUGAAUGAGGAUGUGCGCUCUGACAUCGCGGUGAUGAAACGCGUGACACAGAAAGCUGAGACAAAGAAAACGCAAGUUGAGGAGGAGAAGCAGAAGCAGGAUCUCUUCAUCGAUCGAAUGACCAAGCAAGUGGACAGCCUCCGCCAGCAGAUUGCCAUGUAUGAAGUCCAAGCAGCAGCACAAGCGGAAGAGAAAAAAGCGGCAAGAGAUGCCGUGUCUGAGGCUCAAAUGGAAAUGGAAGCCAUCGCCAUUGAAAAGAAGCAGAUCUUAAACCAGUGGAACAGCACCUUGAUUGGAAUGAGGCGUCGAGAUGAAGCCUACACUGCAAUGCAGGAGGCGCUGAGGCAGGCGAGACAGAGAGUUCAGUCACUGGUCACAGAGGCCGAUGGCUAUAAAAAAUCAAUCACAAAAGAAGAAGAACGAAAUGAGCUACUGACUGGCAUCCUGAACCGGGCCGAUGUCGAUAUCAAUAUGACAAAGAAGCAGAUCUCUCAAUGCCUAGCCAAGCAAGAUGCCCUGAAGACAGAGUACAACACCUACACCCGGACGCUGCACGAGACGGAGCAGGCACUCAGCCGGGUCACUUCGGACCAUGCAGUUAAACAGAUGGAGCUCGACUCUGUGCGGAAACACAUUGAGAAGGAGUAUGCGACCAGGGUGCAGCUGGAGGACAAGAUUUUAGGCAAAAUGCAGGAUCAGCUCACUCUGGACAAAGCAACCAAAUUCUCACGCCGGAUGACAGAAAAGCUCACUGCGCGCACACGGCAAAUGGAAAUUGAAGUUUCCAAAGUAGAAAAUGAAAUUGCACAGAUGACUCUCGAGACCAACAGUACCAACCUGAAGCUGACCUCGUUGCAGAAGAUGCUCGCAGAACUGAACCAGGAGAUUCAGAGCAAAAACGAAAUGAUCUCUCGCAAUGAGAAUGAAACAGCGAAGCGGGUCACUGUGAUUGAGCGCAAGCAGAGUGCCAUCAAUCUGCUGAACAAGAAAAUCGAGCAGAUCGCUGCCAGCACCGGGCAAGAGGACCUGGGCCCCCUAGAACUGAAGAUUAAAAAUCUCACCAAGUAUAUUGAAGAGCAUAAUGCCGAGAUCACCUCGAUGCAGCAGUAUUGGCUGAGAGAGCAAAAUGAACUUGUUCUGCUGACCAGGGAGAGGGAAGAGCAGGCGGCUUCAGUGGAAACCUUGAAGAAAAAGCUCACCAUUUUACAGCAGCAGAAAAUACGCAUCGAAAAUGAAAUUCAGCAGGAGCUGAAUGAACAGAAGGACACUGAGCGGCAGAUGAAGAAUCUCUCCAACGACAUGGUGAAGCUCACUAUGCUUGUGAACAAGAACAGCGCUCUCAAGGAAUCUCUGCAGCAGAGCAAUAUUCUGAUGGAAAACGAGUUUGUGCACAAGCUUAAGGAGUCUGAAAGGGAAUCAAUUGAAAUAAAAAUGAAGCUGGAAAGUGUUCAAGAAGAGAAGGACAGGCUGCUGAACAGCCUCGUGGAGGCCGAGCGGCAGAUUAUGCUAUGGGAGAAGAAAACGCAACUGGCAAAGGAGACGCGAGCGGCUGUUGAUUCUGAUGUCGGCCAAGGGGAAAUUCGCACCAUGAAGUCCGAAAUUCACAGAAUGGAGGUUCGGUACGGACAGCUGAUGAAGCAGCAGGAGAAGCUGAUCAGGGAAAUGGAGGCGGUGGUCGCCCGUCGAGAGACCAUCGUCACCAGGGGUGAGGCCCAGGCCAAAAUGGAGAAGAAGCAACUGACACAAGGCGCCUUCCACAGCACGCUGCACCUGCUGCAAAAGAAGAUUCAAGAAACACAAAAGCAAGCCUCAGAGUGUGACGGUGAAAUACACGAGUUCCAGGAGAGCCAGCGGUCGUUAAGCAGGACGCUAGACGAGAAGCAGGACCAGAUCGCCCAGCUGCAGGCCGCUUUGGAGACACUGGUGAUGAACUUCAAGCGACUGCAAGACAAAAAGGACAGGAACUUCUCUCAGAUCCUAACCUAUCAGGCUCGCCAGAAACAUCUGCAGGCCGUCAAAGAUGGAAAGUACACUCCCCUGGUUAAGACGAAACAAGCUCUAGAGGCAGAGGCUCAUAAACAAGAAGAUCGCAUUCAUACCAUCAGCACCAUCGUGGACCGCGUUUGCCAUGAGUACCCCGAGCUCCAGGGGGCGCUCCGCAAGGUCACACUGGCCCUGGCUGCAAGACAGGAGGGCCUAGAAGGGACUUUUUAGCACUGACGUCACGUCGAAAAGUCAUACAAGAUAAAAGAGUUCAUGUCUGGAUGUUCAUAUUCCACAAUCAGCACAGAGUUGGUUUCCUUUCACAGCCCAAGUUACGGGGUGUUAUGUUACUCGGCCAUCACUGUGAGUGAAUGGGCCUUGUGAGGGCCUGGGGGCCCAUCCAGAAGGUGGAUGUUGGAGAGUGGAGGGAAUUGGAAUAGGAACAUGGAAAUAGAAUUUGAUUUUUUUGUUUUUUGGAA